UUAACAUAAUAGUGGUUCUUUAAAAGGAAUCAAUUCUCAAAGUAAAGAGAAAGAAACAAUAGAUGAAUAGAAGACUGUGUAUUUAAGCUUAGUAUAGUUUUGCUUCAACAUACUUGAAUUAGGAGCAUUAAUUAUCAAGAAACAAUGGCAAUGAAGAAGAAGAAGCUGAAUUUUUUUGGAUUUGCAUUUGCAUUUGCAUGCUUAGUUUGUGGUGUUGUCUCCUAUGGAUCUGAGCCACUCUCUGUGCUUUCUUUCUUGGAAAACGAUGCCGUUUGGGCCAAGCCUUCUUCAUUAACAACAUACCAACCUCUCAUGGUUAAUCUCACUCUCAUUCAUGGAGCUGCUUCUACAGGAGCUGUUUGUUUGGAUGGAACAUUGCCGGGUUACCACUUGGAUCGCGGAUUCGGAUCUGGUGCGAAUAGUUGGCUUGUUCACUUGGAGGGAGGAGGGUGGUGUAAUACUGUUAGAAACUGCGUCUACAGAAAAAAUACUCGCCGUGGUUCCUCGACAUACAUGGAAAGUCAAAUACAAUUCACCGGAAUCUUGAGCAAUAAGGCAGAAGAAAACCCUGAUUUCUUUAACUGGAAUAGAGUCAAAUUAAGGUACUGUGAUGGGGCAUCUUUCAGUGGUGAUAAUGAACUUGAGUCUGAGCAGCUUCAAUUCCGAGGACAAAAAAUAUGGCUAGCAGCAAUUGAGGAAUUGAUGUUCCAAGGAAUGCAGACAGCGAACCAGGCACUUCUGUCCGGAUGCUCGGCUGGCGGUCUGGCAUCUCUAAUACAUUGCGAUGAGUUCCGAAGCUUGUUUCCAGAAUCUACCAAGGUUAAAUGUUUGAGCGAUGCAGGGUUUUUCCUUGAUGCAGUUGAUGUCUCUGGGAACCGCACACUGAAGAAUCUGUUUGAAGGUGUAGUUCAGUUACAGGAUGUACAAAAGAACCUGCCCAAAAGUUGCCUUGACCAAUUGGAUCCAACUUCGUGCUUCUUUCCUCAGAAUAUGGUCCAACAUAUUGAGACUCCAUUGUUUCUACUCAAUGCAGCGUAUGAUUCGUGGCAGGUCCAAGCCAGUUUAGCCCCACAUUCAGCUGACCCGAAUGGCUUUUGGAGCGAUUGCAAAGCAAACCAUGCGAAUUGUACCUCGUCUCAGAUUCAGUUCCUCCAAGACUUCAGAGAUCAAUUGCUAAACGACUUGAAAGACUUCGCAAACACACCUCAAACUGGACUAUUCAUAAAUUCUUGUUUUGCUCAUUGCCAGUCUGAGAGACAAGAGACAUGGUUUGCUGAUAACUCUCCCCUACUUGACAACAAGCCAAUUGCAGUUGCUGUCGGAGACUGGUAUUUCGACCGAGAAGUAGUUAAAGCCAUUGACUGUGCUUAUCCCUGUGACAAUACUUGCCACAAUCUGGUGUUUAAGUGAGCCAAAUUAAUUUUCUUCUGCAACCAAUUGUGAUGUGAUGUUUACACUUUCAUCUUUGUAAUCGCCAUAUAUGUAUUUAUCAUUCAUUAAUUUUUCUGAAAACAAAAAAGAAUAUCCUUGUUUGAGGUGAACACUAUCAAGUGUCUCACCAUAAAUUUCCACUGAAAUAAUAAGUCUAUUUCAGUUACAUCCAUUAGUAUUCAUUUAAGCGGGUACACUUGUUUUUUCCCCUCCUAUAGUAAUAUGAAUGAUAUAUUUACCUUGUGUUACUAUA